UACGGACUGUGUUGCGCCAUUGAAAUGAUUCGUGUUAGUCACAGUUUGCCGUGCUUUUGAAGUUUACACAAUUGUGCCGAACUUAAAUGUCUCUAUAUAACGUUGUUAGUUUGUGUUUAGAAUAGCUAGCUAGCUUCACAUACUGCAGUGUCACCUGGAGCGCGCCUCAAGGACGUCGUCUACAAAGUUUCUUUGCGUUGGAAGUUGAGUGGCACGCGCUCCGUUUGGCUAUAGCUAGCUAGGACUCUGUUUUCGUACUUAUUGGCUAGCAAUGUGUUGUCAUUCGUAAGUAACAUCAUAUGUUUUAACUCAAUCAUGUGUUAUAACUAGUCAUUAUUGACAAACGUUAACAAAGUCCACGCUUUGAAAGGUAGUAGCUAGCUACCCAACGUAAGCUAGCUAACGUCGCUACCAUUGGUUAUAGCUAGCGAAAUUAGCUAACGUUGCAUGGACGAGUUUGGCGUAACUUGAUAAAUAGAGGCAACGUUACAAGUAAUCGAAUACACUUUAAAAGUGUUUUUCUAUUUGCAAGUUAGCUUGUUUACUGGAUACGUUAUUUAUACAUUGGCUUGAGAGGCCAGCCGACGUGUGCAGCCGUGUUUUUGACAGCUUUUUAGAGUAUAACGGUAGUCCCGUUUGUCUUUAGAGGGGCGUUUACCGUGAAGUGUCAAACUAGCCGCCCUCAAUUUGCUAAUGUGCAGCACCAGCUAAUGUUUUAAUCUGUAACUACUGUAACGUUAACGGUAGCUCGCCAGCUAGCUUGGAUAUUAUGUAAUGUCAAUUAUUAUUCUAUUCUACUGUACUGCAUCAUAGAGUGCUGGUUAUGUCAAUUCUGCUGUCCAUUUAGAAUUUAUAGCUAACGAAUUCAUGUUAGUUUUUGCUUACUGCCUGAGUUCAGUAGAUUGCUAGCAAAAAUAGCUAACUUGACUGCAUCCUGUUAGCUUCUUUAACGUUUUCCAGCCCCAGAUAUAAACUGUAGAUAGCUACGUCACGUGAGCAAGGGAAUAACAGCGCACGAACUAGCUACAUCAAUACUUUUUCAACGGGGAUGCAGCAAACCAUUCAGCGUUACACGAGGAAUAUUUCCUGUGAAGACGGAUUAGAAGCCACAGAGCUCAGAAUUCCAGCAAAGUAGAACUGAAUGGAUAUGAUCUAGUUUGGAAAACUCCCAUUUCUGACUAAGGAUCAAGAAAUGGAUAACCAGGACAAGAGCUUAGAUGGAGGUGAAGAGGGAAGCUUCUCGGUUAACGCAGGCAGUUCCAAGUCCACCACAUUAACUUCCGUGAUGCAUUUGCCUGGCUCCACACCCCAGCCUCCAGCCAGAGACUCCUCUAACGGACUGAAUGUCACUAAGAUUCAGGGUGAGCUCUCCACAGCAGGGACAGCCUCCAUUGGACUCUCUAUAGAGGAGGCUGAAGUGAAGUUAAUGGGCAAGGCCCUGAGAAUGCAGAACGCACAGAAACAGCAGCAGAAUCAACAGCAGCAGCUGUUUGAAAACUUUGCUCUGUUGGAGGAGAGCAUUUCAGAUUUGAAUAGAUCCAACACCCCAGGGAGCUCUGUACUUGGAUGUUCUAAUUACCUUUUCCCUCUGAAAACUGAGGACUUUUCACCAAUGGAUAAGGACAGGCUUGACAUGGGGACAGUCAGCUUUGGACAGUCACUGAAGGACUUGGAUGUCAACGAGAGGCUCCUUGGUGACAAUACGCUGGACAUUCUGCGGGAUUUGGACUUGCCUGGCUCUCUGUCUGACCUGAAUGAGUUUUACCUGGCUGACGAGGCCGCUUUCCUUUCCUCCCUGUCAGUGGAUGAUGCCCUGCUCGGUGACGGCAACAUGGAAACCAAGCCCAUAGUCAGUAGCAGUGGGGGAAACUGUAAAAAUGUGAAUGGUGCGGACCAGCAUCGGCAGCAACUGGGCCCAGGGAUCUCCAUGCCUGUCAUCAAGACAGAGAAGGACGCUGACACCUCCUUCAUCCAGCUUUACACCCCAGGUGUAAUCAAGCAGGAGAACGAGCGCCAGAGCUACUGUCAGAUAUCCAGCCUGGACAUACCUGGUACCCACAGCUCGGUGGGCUCCAUGAGUGGGCCGAGUUACCACUACGGCGGAAACACAUCGACGGCAGUGCGCGUACAACAGGAUCAGAAGCCUGUCUUUGGCCUGUAUCCGCCACUGCCCUCAGUCAGUGAUGGCUGGAACAGAGGCCAGGAAUUUGGGGAUGGAUCAGGGAUGUCAACUCCAUCCAGCUCAUCUUUUCCUGUCAGCUUCAGCAGUCCAACGGCCAGACCCGAGGUCAGCAGCUCCACAUCUUCAGCCCCUGCCAAGCACAGCGGUCCAACCCAUAAGAUCUGCCUGGUGUGUUCUGACGAGGCCUCUGGCUGCCACUAUGGAGUCCUCACCUGCGGAAGCUGCAAGGUCUUCUUCAAGAGGGCCGUUGAAGGAUGGAGAGCACGACAAAACACAGAUGGACAACACAACUAUCUGUGUGCCGGGAGGAAUGACUGCAUCAUAGACAGGAUCCGCAGGAAGAACUGUCCGGCGUGCCGCUUCCGCAAGUGUCUCCAAGCAGGGAUGAACCUGGAAGCAAGGAAAAACAAGAAGCUGAUCCGAUUUAAAGGUCAGCAGGCCACGACAGAGCCGAACGCACCUGAUGAAAGGGCAUGCACCCUGAUCCCAAAGUCCAUGCCCCAGCUGGUGCCCACCAUGCUGUCCCUGCUUAAAGCCAUCGAGCCAGAGGCCAUUUACUCUGGCUACGACAGCACCAUCCCCGACACCUCCACCCGCCUUAUGACCACCCUCAACAGGUUGGGCGGACAGCAGGUCGUUUCAGCCGUCAAGUGGGCCAAGUCCCUACCAGGGUUCCGGAACCUUCACCUGGAUGAUCAGAUGACUCUGCUGCAGUGCUCCUGGCUGUUCCUCAUGUCAUUCGGCCUGGGCUGGCGCUCCUACCAGCAGUGUAAUGGGGGCAUGCUCUGCUUCGCCCCUGACCUGGUUAUUAAUGAUGAGAGGAUGAAGCUGCCCUAUAUGACCGACCAGUGUGAGCAGAUGCUGAAGAUCUCCACUGAGUUUGUGAGGUUGCAGGUGUCCUACGACGAGUACCUGUGUAUGAAAGUCCUGCUGCUGCUCAGCACAGUACCAAAGGAUGGAUUGAAGAGCCAGGCUGUGUUUGAUGAGAUCCGCAUGACCUACAUCAAGGAGCUGGGGAAGGCCAUCGUCAAGCGGGAAGAGAACUCCAGCCAGAACUGGCAGAGGUUCUACCAACUCACUAAGCUACUGGACUCCAUGCAGGAGAUGGUGGGGGGCCUCCUGCAGAUCUGCUUUUACACUUUUGUGAAUAAAUCCCUUAGUGUGGAGUUCCCUGAAAUGCUGGCCGAGAUCAUCAGCAACCAGAUACCAAAAUUCAAAGAUGGGAGUGUCAAGCCGCUUCUGUUUCAUCAUGCCUUAAACCAUGACACAAUGCCUUAAAACCCCAGCCUCCCCUCUCGCCAGCCAGACCAACCUGUUUUCCCUGCAGACGUCCCACCAGGUCCCCUACCAGUACGGAUUAAUGUAGUGAGAGUGUGCACUCAAAUUGGUUCCCAGAGGACUUGGGUAGAGAGAGAAUGUGAAAAAGAGAGAGAACAGGAGUGUAAGAUUGACACUGACCAUGAGCGACAUGGCAACAAACUAACUGACCCUUCUGGAUGAAACAAGGAUUCAACUGUUCUAGAAUCGCGUUUAGACCGUGAAUCACUUCAAAAGACUUGAUUAUUGUGAGAUUGGAGGAAUCAAAUUUUAACAACAAAAAGAGAAGAAUAUUUUCUAUUGAUUUAAUGCAUGCACAGACCGCUGAAACGUUUACGCAAGAAUAUCAGAAAAGGGAAAACGUGCCUUUUUUUUUUAGCUUUACAAGCUUUCCAUAGCCAUUUUUCUCAAACUGUCAAAAGCAAGUAUUUUGCAUAGGAAUUUAAUAUAAACACCUUUGUAUGUAUUUGUGUCUGUUCUCUUUCUAAGCAGCCAUGUUUAUUUUCUAAAAUGUGUAGUUAAAUGAUCCCCAGAAGUGAAGUGUACAGUAAAUAAUAAAACCAACAAUAUGUUCAAUUCCAUUCUCCGCAACCUUUCAGCAGUUGUUAUGCUCAAACAUUAGGUUGAAUAGAAGGUUCCUGCCCAUGUCUGAGCGUAUGUCACAGACAGUAUAUCAGGGUUCCCCAGUCAGUAAUGGGCCCCCCUGGGUCCAUGUUUUGGUUUUUGCCCUAGGAAUACACAGCUGAUUCAAAUAACCAACUCAUCAUGAAGCUUUGACUAUUCUAAUCAGCUGUGUAGUGCUAGAGAAAAAACGAAAAGUGCACCCAGGGGGGACCCCAGGACCGAGUUUGGGAAACCCUGUAGUACAUCAUAAUUCAACAGUAAGAGAAAAAAAAGAUCAGAUCAACUUUUAUGUAUGUAAUAGGUUGUCUUCAUGAUAAAAGCAAGACUCCAUCUUAAAACCAUCCAUGAUUUGCGAGUUAAAUGAAAAGGGCAGCAUUGGGCUAGGGAGAUGGGAUGGGAGUUUGCAGAAUUGGUUAAUGAUCAUAUGAUUGGUGUGUAUAUGUGAGUGAGAGAGCGCAAAAAGGAAACGGCCUGAACACAUUUGUUUGUUCAUAUGAUAUUAAAACGUAUGUAUCUUUUAUAUGAUCCGUCAAGCUGAAUUUUAAAGAGCAUACGCACAGUCACUAUUCUCUGGGAGUUUCAAACAAAUUCUUAAAUUACCCAAGCUUAAAAGAAAAAUCCACUCAAGUGAUAUUUUGUUUUGUUUUUUUCAUUGGUCUACUGUUGAAACAGUCCCAAAAUGAUUUGCAUGUCACCAGUCAAGUUUUCAAGAUGUAGGAUUUUCAAGAAUCAACGUGUCACUUGCCACAUCAUCAUGAUGAUAUUGCAUUUUGCAUCAUCAUGAUGGUUUAAAAGUCACCUGUAUGUAUUAUUCUAGUGCCAAACCGCAGAUUUUGUCAAUUCUUAUUCAAAAUAUGAAAUGGAAAAAACAGCAGAACUGUGUAAUUGUUACACAGAAUUUAUUUAGCCAUCCUCUCACAUUAGUUGACAUAACAUUGUUACAGUGGUUUGCGAAAGUAUUCACCCCCUUGGCAUUUUUCCUAUUUUGUUGCCUUACAACUGGGAAUUAAAAUAGAUUUUUGGGGUGUUUGUAUCAUU